AUGCCUGCACCAGAUGAUGUCCAACAGGAAAGUGGAUCAGACCAAACUGCCAAGGAAACGCAUGAUAUCCUUUAUAGCUUGCUGGAUCGGUUGCGCAUUGGAGCUGAUGCUGCAUCCCUGCGCUCACUCCUUCAAACUCUCUCUCAAACCACUUCAGUCCGUACUCGAGUGCUCUCAGACACUCAAGAUUCUAUUCAAGGACUAGAAAGACAGCUUGAACAAGCAAAGUUGCAAGCACAGAGUAGUGAGCAAGCCCUUGCUCAGCGUAAUCAUACUGAUACAAUGCUUAGUCUGGAUCGGACAAAAUUCGCUACAGCCAAAUCAGUAUCAGAUUUGACAGAUUUACUAGCAGAUGCAGAAAAGGAAUUGAGACUGUUGCAACAGGAAGUAGAAGAGGUUGAGAUGGAUGAAGCUGUAUUUAAACAAAGAAGUGUGUGUCCAGAAAAACUCAAGGCUCAAGUGUAUUCUCAGCUCGGAUUGCAGCUUAUUAGGGAUACAAAUGGUCAAUACACGCAGUUUAUUACAUCAUCAAAACGAAACAAUGAUAUCCAAACAUUUGAUAUCUCCAGCGAGUAUUCUCAAUAUUAUUAUGCCAACAUGAUAUGGGAGCUGAUCAAGGAGGACUAGUCAACAACGUUUU